AUGGACUAUCAAAACUUAUUUGAACUUAUGCAACAGGAACUUGGUGGUGAUGACACUGAUGAAAGUGAUGAUGGAUCUGAUGAAGAUUAUCAACCAUCUGAAGCAUCUGAAAGCACAGAUUCUGACUGUGACUUAGAGAUUGAGAGUACUUCCAGCUCAGACAAUGAGACUGAUGUGCGAAGACAAGCUCCUGACAGUUAUUGCAGCCGUGAUGGAACACAGUGGUUCAAGCACCCAAUGUCAUUAGCUCGAACGCCUCAGAGAAAUAUUAUUCGCCAGCUGAAUGGAAAGGUCACCAAUGUCAAUGGAGAUUUUCAAAAUCCAAUGGAAGCCUUCAGUUUGUAUGUCUGUCCUGAAAUUGUUGACGAUAUUGUCAAAUGGACAAAUCAGUUCGCUGAAACUAAGCUUGGCACACAGUGGAAGCAAACAGAUGGUAUUGAAGUCACAGCACUGAUUGGGAUAUGGAUUAUCGCUGGUGUUACCCACAACAACAAUCAGAGUACAGAGAUGCUGUGGAGCACCAAAUAUGGAUUAUCACAAGUACGGUCAACCAUGUCCAGGGAGCGGUUUCAACACCUGAUGACGUAUCUCAGAUUUGAUGACAAAGCCGAACGAUCCCAGAGACAAGAACGUGAUAAACUGGCCCCGAUUCGUAAAGUGUUUGAUACAUUCAAUGCCCGACUUCAACGCUUUUAUUCUCCAGGUGCGUAUCUCACAGUAGAUGAACAAUUGGUGCCCUUUAGGGGAAGAUGCGGCUUCAAGCAAUAUAUUCCCUCAAAGCCAGACAAAUAUGGACUCAAAAUAUUUUGGAUCGUUGAUGCCAAAACGUUCUACCCACUGAAGGCGUACCCCUAUAUUGGAAAGGAGGCUGGUAGAGUGCAAGUUGGUCUUGGAGAAAAGGUCGUCAUGGAUCUGGCACGACCUUAUGCCCGUUCUGGAAGAAAUAUUACAAUGGACAACUAUUUCACUUCUCUGAAUCUGGCUCUGAACCUUCAGAAGGAUCAACUUACUCUUGUUGGAACGGUGCGUUCAAACAGAACAUUUGUUCCAGCUGAAUUUCUACCAAAACGUGCACGAGAAGUGGAAUCAUCCAUUUUCGGCUUUCGGGAAACUGCAACUAUGGUGUCGUAUGUACCAAAGAAGUCCAAAGCUGUCAUUUUGCUCUCAACCAUGCAUAGCUCUCCUGAUGUCAUUGUCGACAAGAAUCACAAGCCUGAAAUGAUUCUGUUCUACAAUGAAACAAAAGGUGGUGUGGAUUCCCUAGACCAGCUUGCACACCGAUAUAGUGUCAAGAGAAAAACCAACAGAUGGCCUGUUGUGUAUUUCAUGAAUAUGGUCGACAUAGCUGCCAUUGCUGCCUAUAUCAUCUGGCUGGGAAAGAAUCCACUGUGGCAGAACAAACAGAGAACAAGGCGCCGACAUUUCCUUUUGGAACUGGGCGAGGCACUAACAGGACCAAACAUUCAAAGACGGAUGGCAUCAAACACCCGGGAGCAACUUCGAUGUGACUUUGCAAAUGCUGGUUACACAGCUGAAGUACGUACAACAAGCAGUGAAGCAAGUCCACCGGCAAAGAAAAGACGCUGUCAUUCUUGUCCCAGAAGCAGUGAUAGGAAGGUGAAAACAUGCUGCACCAAGUGCAUGAAACCAACAUGUCCACAACAUGGACGGUUUGUGUGUCAUGACUGCGCUCAAUAA